AUGCGAAAAGUCUCCACUACAUCAGCCAAAGCCCUGGAGGCUUCUUACGCGGUGUCUUUGCUUGUUGCUAAAGCCAAAAAACCCUUCACCAUAGCAGAAGACCUACUGCUCCCCGCCGCUGUGGUAUUGGCCGAAACUAUGCUGGACAAAAAAUCAGCGGAUACAUUAAAAACGUUGCCUCUGUCCAAUGACACCGUUUGCCGCAGAAUAGAUACCAUGGGCACAGACAUUAUCGGACAAGUUGUGGGGAAACUUGGAGACUCAUUUUCACUGCAGCUGGAUGAAUCCACCGAUGUGAGUGGACAUGCGCAACUUGUUGCAUUUGUGAGAUACAUCGACACGGACGACAUCUGUGAACACAUUCUAUUCUGCAAAGAAAUGGAGGGGCGAACAACCGGAGAGGACAUUUUUAAUGUCGUUAACAUGUUUUUCACCAGAAACGCUAUCAGCUGGAAAUCCUGCAGCAGCGUCUGCACAGAUGCGGCUGCAUCAAUGACGGGCAGCGCGAAAGGCCUCAUAGCACGGAUUAAAAAAGAAAAUCCCGACAUCAAGUGGACGCACUGUGUGAUACACAGGGCAGCGCUAGCGUCCAAGAAAAUGAGCCCUGUAUUGCACGAUGUUUUGAACGACAGCAUUAAAGUUAUAAACUUUAUCAGGUCAAGGCCACUCAAUGUACGUUUGUUCCGCAGCCUCUAUGAAAAUACGGGAGCUGAACACACAGAACUGCUCCUGCAUACUGAAGUUCGCUGGCUGUCCCGUGGAAGAGUACUGAGCAGGCUGUUUGAGUUGCGAGCUGAAGUUCACACCUUCCUGACAGAGCACGGAUCUCCCCAUGCCACCAUGUUUGAGAACACGGACUGGCUUGCAAAGCUUUGCUAUCUGGCAGAUAUAUUCAGGAAACUGAAUGAACUGAACAUGUCCCUGCAGGGCAAGGACACCAGCAUCCUGAACCUGUAUGACAAGGUGGGUGGUUUCCUGAAGAAAGCAGAGAUGUGGAAAAGGGCGUGUGAUCAGGAGGAUUUCACCUGCUUUCCUCAGUUGGAUGUGUUUCUCUCUAAUGAGGAUGUGGCGACAGCUCCGGUGAAGUUAGUCAUAGUGGGACAUUUGGCUAACUUGAUCAGUGGUUUUCACUCCUACUUUCCUGACAUGGAUGAGAAAUCUGUGCAGCUGGAUUGA